UUUAAUUCCCCAACUUUUCCCCCCAAACUCUGUUCCUCCUCAUGAAACCGAAUCCUCCCGCUGCGGCGUCCCAGGAGCCCGCCCCUCGCCCGCCGCUUCCCCUGCGCCGCGGCCCCGCGCAGCCGCCGCGCUCCUGCGCCCAGAGAGGUCCGAGGUCCCCGAGAUGAAGGUCUGGCUGUUGCUUGGUCUUCUGCUGGUGCACGAAGCGCUGGAGGAUGUUACUGGCCAACACCCUCCCAAGAACAAGCGUCCGAAAGAACCAGGGGAGAACAGAAUCAAACCCACCAACAAGAAGGUGAAGCCCAAAAUUCCUAAAAUAAAGGACAGGGACUCCACGUAUUCAACACCAAAGACACAGUCUAUCAUGAUGCAAGUGCUGGAUAAAGGUCGCUUCCAGAAACCCGCCGCUACCCUGAGUCUGCUGGCCGGACAAACUGUAGAGCUUCGAUGUAAAGGCAGUAAAAUUGGAUGGAGUUACCCUGCGUAUCUUGACACCUUUAAGGACUCUCGCCUCAGUGUCAAGCAGAAUGAGCGCUACAGCCAGUUGACGCUGGUCAACUCCACCUCGGCUGACACAGGUGAAUUCAGCUGCUGGGGGCAGCUCUGCAGUGGCUACAUCUGCAGGAAGGACGAGGCCAAAACAGGCUCCACCUACAUCUUUUUUACAGAGAAAGGAGAACUCUUUGUGCCUUCUUCCAGCUACUUCGAUGUUGUCUACUUGAACCCGGACAGACAGGCUGUGGUUCCUUGUCGGGUGACUGUGCUGUCCGCCAAAGUCACGCUCCACAGGGAAUUCCCAGCCAAGGAGAUCCCAGCCAAUGGAACAGACAUUGUUUACGACAUGAAGCGGGGCUUUGUGUAUCUGCAACCUCAUUCUGAGCACCAGGGCGUGGUUUACUGCAGGGCCGAGGCCGGGGGCAGAUCUCAGAUCUCCAUCAAGUACCAGCUGCUCUACGUGGCGGUUCCCAGCGGCCCUCCCUCAACAACCAUCUUGGCCUCUUCAAACAAAGUGAGAAGUGGGGACGACGUCAGUGUGCUCUGCACUGUCUUGGGGGAGCCCGACGUGGAGGUGGAGUUCAGGUGGAUCUUCCCAGGGCAGAAGGAUGAAAGGCCUGUGACGAUCCAAGACACUUGGAGGCUGAUCCACAGAGGACUGGGACACACCACCAGAAUCUCCCAGAGUGUCAUUACAGUGGAAGACUUUGAGACCAUUGAUGCAGGAUAUUACAUUUGCACUGCUCAGAAUCUUCAAGGACAGACCACAGUAGCUACCACUGUUGAGUUUUCCUGAGUUGGAAAAGGAAAUGUCAUGAACUUACGGAAAGCCCGUUUGUGUAGACUAUUGGCUUUGGGGUUCUUUUGAUUAGUGCUUUGCCAGAGAGUGAUGUGAAGCACCAAACCCCAACCCCAACGUCCUGUGAGCCCGACCCAGACAUCCAAACUAAAAGGAAGUCAUCCAGUCUAGUCACAGAAGUGUUAACGUUUCUAACAGAAAGCAUGCAUUUUGAUUGCUUACCUACAUGUGUUCCUAGUUUAUAUGUGUAAACAAUUUUAUAUAAUCAUUUCUAUUAAAUGAGCAAGUUUUUGUAAAAAAAAAAAAAAAAAAAAAAUUGUGAGCUAAGUGUUUAAGUUGGCCUAAAAUAUAUCUAGAAAGACUUGGUGGUGGUGGGGAUACCUGGGUCAAUGCCAAGUAUUCUCUGUCACAUAACUACCACAAUACAGUAGAAUUUAAAAAUGUACUAGAUAGUUUGACUACUUAUCCAUAAACAGCAACUCCAGAU